AUGCCCUCUAAACACAAUGUGGAAGCAGACGCCGCCUCUGUGGAGGGGAAUAUCUUAAGAUGGACUUCUGGCGGAGAUGAAGGCCAGGUGGAACUGGAUCACAUCGUUUGCGUGGUAUCUAGUCCAAACACAGCACUUCAGGCCCAGGGCCAGGGCCCGGGCCCAGGUUAUCGAAUUUUAUUUCUCGAAAGCAAAGAAGAGAAAGCUCAAGACCAGGAGAAUGCCCCCAUGCACCUGGGCAAGAUCGACAUAUCGACUCCUCUCCCAACAGCCCUGACUCCAUUCCUGACGCAGAUCCCCACCCACCUCAAGAGUCAACAAAGUGCAAACGCCGAGGCAGAGCCCAUCCAAGUGGUGAUAUCAACACGAUCCGGCACCGGCACCGCACAAACCGUUUUCAAAGAUCUCGUCCAACCUUUGCUAGACGGACUAGGCGUUAACUACCAAUCCCAUGAAACGCAGUCAGCACAGUCUAUCAUCUCGUUAUCCGAGACGCAGUUUCUCCCUCAAGCUUCUGCCGGCGUGGAGCAGACGAUUAUACUCUUAUCCGGUGAUGGAGGGCUGAUCGAUAUACUGGAUGUUUUUUACAGAAACAAAUACGACAGUACGAAUGGUGUCCAACGAAUGGCGGCCCCUAAUAUCGCCUUGAUCCCUUGUGGAACGGGGAACGCUAUGGCAAGUUCUAUCGGACUACGAUCAGGUCCGGCUUCGAGUUUGAAGUCCUUACUCAAGGGAAAGCCAGUGUCGCUUCCGGUAUUUGCGGCGAAGGUUUCGCCUGGAAGUAUGAUUGUUACAGAGGAAGGGAAUGGGCGGGCGUCUAUUCCUAUCGCGCCUACUGAUUCCGAUACCUCCGAUGCUUGCGAUGUCUCCGCUUCGCAGCAAGUCAUGUAUGGCGCCGUUGUCGCGAGUUGGGGUCUCCACGCUGCACUAGUGGCAGACAGCGACACGACAGCGUAUCGAAAGUUCGGGUCAGAGCGGUUCAAGAUGGCGGCGCAGGAGCUUUUAUAUCCGUCUGAUGGGUCUGAGUCUCAUCGGUUCCGGGGGCAGAUUACUAUCACGACUCGGACGAAAGAUCCGUCCGAGUCUACUGAUGGCAUCCAGCAGACGAUAUUAUCGGAGCAAGAGCACAUGUAUGUGCUAGCAACUCUAGUACCUAGACUGGAAAAGGAAUUUCUUAUAUCGCCCGACUCGGAGGCCCUUGGUGGGAAGAUGCAAUUUCUACGCUUUGGUCCUAUGGCUCCGGAAGAUGCUAUGCGACUUAUGACGCUGGCGUAUCAGGGUGGUCAACAUGUUCGCGAGGAGACUGUUAUGUAUCAGGAGGUUGUAAGGGUACGAAUUGAUUUUCAUGAGGAUGAGGAGAGGUGGAGGAGAUUAUGUAUUGAUGGGAAGAUUGUUGCUGUAGAGAAAGAUGGGUGGAUGGAGCUUUGUAUGGAGGAGCGGGAGUUGUUGAAUGUUAUCAAGUUGUGA